GGGGCGCGGCGGCGCGCGCCGGCGGCCAUGUCGGAGCUGGCGCGGGAGGAGCUGUCGGCGCUCGCCGCCAUCUACUGCGAGCCGGGCGCCUGCGAAGUGCUGGCGGCCUCAGAGACACAUGGAAUCUCAUUUAGAAUUCAAAUCAGUGUGAAAGAACUGCUGGACACAGAUGUACUUUUAAAGCUGUUAUUUCAUUUACCAGUCAAUUACCCAUCAGCUCUGCCAGAUAUUUCUGUUAACUCAGACCAGCUUACAAGGGCCCAGUGUAUGGAUAUGAAAGAGAAAUUACUUGAACAAGCAAAGAAGCAUCUUUCUGAGCCCAUGGUACACGAUCUGAUUCUUUGGGUACAGCAGCAUCUUAAAGAUGUCAUUAAGCAGCCAGCAGCAGUUUGCAAUGAAAAAACUACUUUGUCAAAAGGAAAAGAAGAUGGUAUCUGGAUGCUCCUUUUGCAUUUAGAUCACAUGAGAGCAAAGGCAAAAUAUGUGAAAACUGUGGAAAAAUGGGCUUCAGAUCUAAGGCUGACUGGAAGACUGAUGUUCAUGGGCAAGAUAAUAUUGAUUCUUCUUCAGGGUGAUAGGAGCAGCAUUAAGGAGUACUUGAUUCUUCAGAAAACUUCUAAGGUAGAUGUGGACUCAAGUGGAAAGAAAUGCAAAGAGAAAAUGAUGAGAGUACUGUGUGAGACAGAAGUACAGUCACAGCAUAAAAGGUUUCAGAUGUUUGAAGUCAAAGAAUAUUCGGCACUGGAGGAGCUACAAAAGGAAUUUGAAACUGCAGGACUUACAACUCUUUUCUCUGAGUUUGUGCCUUCUCUCUUAAAAUAAAAUUAAAGUAUAUCACUGGACCUUUGACCAAAGCAGUGGUUGACUGUAGAUGCUGAUGGAAGAUAAAAGGGCUAAUGUGGCAAAACAAUGUUGAAGCUUUUCUGAAAAAAUUACCAGUAGUAGUCAUCCUCUUGCAAGAAGAAGGCAAUUAAUACAUUAAGAAUUGAUAUUUUUUGACAUUUAUGUAUUAAUAACUUUUUCAAAGCAGUGUGAUGUUGAUUGCGAUAAUUGCAUGGCAAGCAUGAGAUUGGGAAGAAAUAAUGUUUAAAAAAAUAGUCUUCUAGUCAGACUGUUUUACAGUUCCUGUUUUUCAGUGUUCUGUUUCUCUCAUGGCUGAAUUUGUCGAUAAUGGCCUGUUAGAAAGCAUAAUUAAUUUUGCUUUGGAAGACUGUAUGAAGAUAUUUCCAUAAGAAAACAUAGCGAGCACACAUUUGAAUAUGUGAGGACAGCAUAUACUUAAUAUCCCUCAGGAGUUCAUUUGCUAAUUUUUCAUUCUCCCUUUAAUUGACUAUAAAUGCUCGAUGGUUGAUUUGAAGAAAAAGCUCAUGCCACUUGGGGCCUGAAAAAAAACUGAGAAGUGUCUCUUUGAAUAUUAGUUUUCAUUCUAAAAUUUAUAAAAAAACCCACUUGGAGGAUUUAAAUUGAUAAAAAGCUGAGGUAAAGCCAAUUGUAAUAGUUUCUUUGAUAGUUUACAGAUGUCUUUUUUGCACUUCACCUGAUUUUACUGUCUGUGCAGCUUUAGAUGUCUUGAUUCAAUUAAACUGUUAGAGCAGUAUAUAUACAGACUUCAGUCUUCCAUCUUUCAGGGUUCCUGACAAGUUGUUUUUGUUUGUUCGUUUAUUUGGGAUUUUUUGGAUCAAUCACUGGAAUUGGCCAUCCUGUAAUUUUUUUUAUCAGUAGUCUAUGUUUUACAUCUGUAUAGUGUUACAAAUUAUACGCAUAAUUUUAUGAAUUGUGCAAGUUCUGUUUACCUAGGGAGGAUUAGAUACUUAUUUAUUACGAUUACUGUGUGUUCUUUUGUUUCUAUUUUAUCUGAAACCAUUCUCUAACAAGACUAGAUAAAUUAUCCAGUAAUAAAAAUUUUGCAAUCGUGAGUUUCUUAAUAACUAGCUCUGCCAUUUGCCAUUUCAAUUGGCUUUAGCAUGUAGCUAAACAUGAACUUUACUGUUCUCUAAAGUUCAGUCUCUUCUCUUCAGAAGCCAAAUGUCUCAUGUAAUCUGUAAUUAAACAGAUUUGAUCAAUUCAGUAUAAACUAAUCUAUUUCCAUUGUACUGGGGAAAGACCAGUACAAUUUGUGUGUUUGACCAGUACAAAGUAUGGUUUGGCAAAACAUUAUGUUAGAUCUAAUUUCCUAUUUCAUGCUCAGACCAUGAGAUCAUACCUCUAUCUAUUCUAGAAAAGCAGCUGAAGCAGACUAGGAAGAUUUUUAUGUUUUACUGUUUGAUAUACCAGAUGCAUAAAGGGUUGUAGAUUGUUUGAAAGCUUGUGAAGCUUUUCAGGAAUUUGAUGAUUUUCCUAAUAUAGAGUGUCUCAAAUAUAUAUGUUGCAUGUUAUUUCAUACACUGGUGCUGAUUUACUAAUUUAUUGAGAUUUACUAAUUUACUAAUUACUAAUUUACUGAGAUAAUAGCAAAGUUUUUCUUAAUGAGUCUUUCAUGUUUACUGCAUAUAGUACUUCAGGCUCAGCAGAAAAGAGACUGGGUUGAACAGGUUUUAUAAAUCUGUUGUAUAUUAUUUUGAAAUGGCUUCCUGAGAGGCAGGAAAUCUAAUUUUCUAUCAUUUUAAGUGCAUCUGAAGAUGAAUUCUUACUUUUACAAAGCAGAAUAAAACAGAAGUAUCUUUAAAAUAUUAAAAUAACAUGUAUUUUAAAUUACAGUUUCCAUAAUCGAGCAGUUCUCAGGUAAAAUAAGUGUUGAAAAAUCGUAUGUCAAUGAAGUAUAAAGUUUGGAAAAACUGCAGAAGGCCUCUCUUUAUACUGUGUGACAGAUGGGACAAGUAUCAAACUAAAGAAAAGGCCUAUGCACAUAUAGCAUAAGAAAACAUAAUCUCUCUGCAAAACUAAAUGUUGUAAGAUUUGGCCAGAUGUACGUGACUUCAAAAAUAAUUGCGGUGUUAAGUUGUUGUGAUCAUCUUUCUUGCAAGAUUAGAUGCAGACUUACUGAGGUUUUCCUCCCUACUAGAAAAGCCAUUUAUGGUGUCAGUGGCUGCCAGUUGCACUUGAAUAUAAAGCCAUAUAUUUUUUUCAUUUUUUUUACCUGAUGCCUUCUUGGUCAGCUAUUUGGCUGGACCUGGCAUUCUGCAACAGCCAAGUAAAAAGAAAAUGACAGUUGGGUAAGUUGCAGCUCUCUUCUGAUCUGUGUUCAUCUUCCUGCCAAAGGAAGUUGUAAGAAGCUGUGUUUCAGGAGAUGGAAAUGCAGUUCAUACAGUGGAUUUUUACCAUAGUUGAAUUUGUUAUUCACUAGCUCACACUGGACAAAUCCACAAAUUCACUGUAGGAAAGGACUACAGUUUAUAGCUUGGCUUGAUGUGCUUCAGGAGAAUUACAAAUCUGAUCAGCUUGAUACAGUUCAGACAGCAGAGAACAUGAAAACUGAUGUCAGUCUUAUUCUGUUGAAGCAAAUGCUUUUUCCUACCUAUCAAUCAGUAACUUAUUUUGAAGGGUAGGAGGAUGUCUUCUGUUCAGACAAGUAAACAAUAUUUUUAAAGGCUGUUCUUUUGAAAGGAUGUUGCAGCUGUCUGUUAACUGAUGGUUUGUUUGCAUUCAUAGUAAAAAGAGAUGAGCUAGCCUGCAAGCCUCUGGGGCACAAAAGUAAUCAGAAUGGGUCCUGUGGUGCAUGUUCUGCCUUCCAAGGGAGCUGAAGCAGACACAGAAGAAUAAAAUGCACAGAUAGAGAAGAACAAGAAGCAGGGGGAAAAAUGCAUCAGCGUGUAAAAAGUUAGUGAAGUGUAAGGAACUAUUGGAAUCUGACAAUUCAGUUGCAAGGAAGAAGAAAUCCACAAAUUAAGGGUGAUUUAACAAAUUAGAAGCUCGUUUUCUUGUGGAUAUGGUGUCUUCUAACAGCAUGAUCAGUAAAGCCUUGUUUCCUGUGGCCUUGCUAGUUUUUCAGCUAUAGCACACAUGAAGCCUUCCCUACAGGAGAUACUUUCCUGAUGGUGUUCUCCCAGGUGGGUUCCCCUGUACCUGGUAUUAAUUGUGCAUAAAUUGAUUAUUAUUUGUGUGGAUCUUUAAAGUGUGAAUAGCAUUUUUUCACCUGUUACCUUUUUCAUCAAAGUUGUAGGUACCUGGUUUCUUUCAGGUUCUUAACCUCUCAUUUUAAUUGAAAUUACUUAAAUUCAGAAGUUGUAGGAAAACUUUGUGGUAAAUAUGCAUGCUUCUGUAUAGACAGCACAAACAUAUAACCAUAGUUUCCUUUAAAAAUCAGGCUAAAAUGAAAGCCUGUGUUUCCUUUAAAGAUCAGGCUAAAAUGAAAUUGAAUGAUAGAGCUGACAACUUGAAUAAUCAAGUGUUUUUUUGACAAAAUUGAGGUUUAAUUUGGUUUAAUUAAUUAAAAGACCAAAAAAGGUCUUUUUGAAUACCUUGGCUUAUUAAUUAUGAAGAAAACAAAAAAAGGUUGAUGAAACAAGAAUGAUCCAGAGGAGGGAAAUAAAUGGGGGGGCAUCAUCAGUAUUGGGAAUUUGCCUGGUUUUCAUACUUACUCUGUCUCAUUAAUUCCUCCCCCCCCCUCCCCCCCCAAAUUUGUUAUGUUACAGCGAGGACAGGACACUGUAAGAGCUCAUAUAAAAAUCCUUGAUACAAUGAAUUAAAAAUAACUAAAAAUAGAUGUGAUUAUUUCGUGAAUAAGGGUGAUUUUUGUGGUUACAUCUCAUUUUCCUAUAAUAAGAGCAUUUGUCUCUUACUUCUGGUGUGAAUGACCCACAAAACCCACUGAGAUUAGUAUAAAUUCUAUGCAGAGAUACUGUAA